AUAGAUGAUAAGGGCUAGCUUGGAGAAAGGUGGAUUAUAUAUUGCUCGCAUAAAUAAUGUUCGGACUCACAGCAUCACCAGGACGGCGGUUGACCACAUCUCUCAAGCAGGUCCAGAAUUGACUGGAAAAAAUAACGUUACUUAACAUGGAGACUGCCGUUUUCAACUGCUGGUUCCUUUUCCUGCUGUUCAGCCCAACUGUUCCCAUGUGUUUACCUACUGACUUCACCCUGUACGUGGAGAAGCCCCAGUGUGACUUCUGUGUGGCGAUCAACACUACUAUCUGCGUGGGAUUUUGCUACUCAAGGGACAGCAACAUGCGGGAAAUACUCGGCCCACGCUUCCUAAUCCAGAGAGGCUGCACCUAUGACAAGGUGGAGUACCGUACAGCCAUACUGCCUGGCUGUCCCUUCGACUCCGACCCUGUCUACACCUACCCUGUGGCUCUCAGCUGCCACUGUGGUGCCUGCAGGACUGACAGCGAUGAGUGCACACACAGAGCCAGCGUGGACAGAGCUAAGUGUACCAAACCAGUUCGACGUAUCUAUCCGUACCCUGGCCAGAGCAAUUACAUGAUCCCUUUCUGAUUGUUUUGUUUUUGUUCUCAUCGUGUCUGUUUUUGUUAAAAUUACUGAGCUGGAACUGCAUGAACCAUGAAUGUUUUUAAGAAAAAAUAAACAUCAUCCUCUAGCUUGUGAUGGAUACAGUGAUAUCUGUACUGCCUUUACUGUUAUCUAUUGUACCAGCUGGUUUUAUUGUGCCUUUGUUGCCCAACGUGUCUGUGCUGCAGCUCUGCUUCUCAGUUUACAAUGAGGGUUUAUCCUGGUGCGUAUUUCUGACAGCUUCAUUAUUUAUCCUCUUGUACACGCACAUGUGUGACUCCCAGACUUAUUAUGUUUACUCUGAAAGGGGUACUCUAAA